UUCCCUUUUGAUGCUAUUGUCUACUGUUACAUCCUACAUGACAAAAAGGUGGAAAUCCACUGCUCUAUAGAACAUAACCCUAGCCAUUUGUUUCAAAUUAGCCACAAGAACAUUAGUCAUCCUUUUAAAUGUUGCAUAGCAUGAAUGUUUACCUUCACCAAGUGACAGUCCUACCAAGUACAGUUCUGACAAUGUUCCCCAACACUGAGGAUUGAUUUUUUAAGCAGGAUUAUGCUUCAUGCUACGCAGUCAGGUCAAUCAGGGUGUGGAUAGAUGAACACCAGACCUAGAACCUGUCAUUGCCCAUUUAAUUUCCAGACCUGAACUCCAUUAAAAAUCUCUGGCAUGUGAUCAAGGGGAACAUGGAUAGUCAACAGCCAUCAAACUGUCCAUCAGGAGUGGCAUAAAGUCACCCAACAGCUACCAGUGAAAGACUGGAGAGCAUGCCAUUACACGUAAAAGCUGUGAUCGAAUCAAUAUUAAUUUCCAAUAUUGAUUUCCAAUUUCUGCCACUGUUUUCUUUUAAUAGCAAACCUGCCAACGAUGUCACCAAGACCAAUCCAUCGAAGAGGCACCGGGAUCGGCUGAACAGUGAGCUGGACAGGCUGAACGACAUGCUGCCGUUUCAUGAGAACGUGUGCUCUCGCUUGGACAAACUGUCAAUCCUCCGCUUGAGUGUGGGCUACCUAAAAGUGAAGAACUUCUUCAAAGCCACCAUGAAGAAAAACACUCAGGAAAAUGCCUCAGGAAAUAGCCUCGACCCCAACCAAAUGGAUGCUGUCGGCUUCUCGGAGGGGGACCUGCUCCUUCAGGCUCUGAAUGGAUUUGUACUGGUGGUUACUGCAGAGGGAUACGUCUUCUAUGCUUCACCAACCAUUCAGGAUUACCUUGGCUUCCAUCAGUCCGACAUGGUCCAUCAGAGUGUGUUUGAGUUCAUCCACGUCGACGACAGAGCCAUGUUCCGCCGGCAACUUCAUUUUGCCCUCAACCCAAACCUAACGGAUGUGGAGCACAGUGGUGAUGAAACCCAGAACAGCAGUGACAUCACAAGAAAUAUUGUAGCCUAUGACCCACAAGACAUCCCACCAGAGAACUCAUCUUUCCUAGAGAGGAGCUUCGUAUGUCAGUUCCGAUGUCUCCUGGACAACUCGUCUGGAUUUUUGAAACUGAACUUCCAGGGAAGGUUGAAGUUCCUUCAUGGGCAGCAGAGUAAAACUGAAGAUGGCUCUCCGGUUCAGCCUCAACUUGCCCUGUUUGCCAUCGCCACUCCGGUGCAGCCACCAGCUAUCGUGGAGAUCCGUACCAAGACACUAAUAUUUCAGACCAAGCAUAAGCUGGACUUCACUCCUUUGGGCAUCGACUCCAGAGGCAAAGUCGUGUUGGGUUACACAGAGAUGGAGCUGUGCAUGAGAGGCUCCGGCUAUCAGUUCAUUCACGCGGCAGAUAUGAUGUACUGCGCCGACAGUCAUGUCAAAAUGAUAAAGACUGGGGAAAGUGGAAUGACAGUUUUCCGACUUUUGACCAAGAAUGGAGGAUGGGUUUGGGUCCAGGCAAAUGCCAGACUUGUCUACAAGGAAGGACGUCCUGACUUCAUUAUUGCUCGCCAAAGGGCCCUGGUUAACGCUGAAGGUGAGGAGCACCUGCGCAAGAGGAGCAUGCAGCUGCCCUUCAGCUUCACCACAGGAGAAGCGGUCCUUUACGAUACCUGUCCGACGCUCGAUGUAAUGACUUCCACAAGUAACAAAAUCGACCAGUCGACCUCGCAUCCCAGCUCGCUCAUCAGUUCUAUAGAAAGCCAGGACAAAUCGAUCUAUAAGCAGAACAUCAAGCCGCAGUUUACAGUAGACGACGCCUUCAGGGAUAGCUGGGCUCUCUUCAACGUUCCCAAUCAGGCCUCACAAAGACAAAAAUCGACUGAGGACGGGGAUACCGUCAUGUCCGUGAUGGAUGCCUUGGAGCAGCUGGCUCAUGAUGGAGAUCUUUGCUCAGCUCUUCAACAGAUGGAAGUAGACAGCGCCGAGUUAAAGGACUGGGAAAACGCUAUCCUGAGGAUGACCAAACACAACAAUGGCAACGACACGAGCUUCAGUCUUAAUGAAAUCCUCACCAAUGAUAUAUUCUCCUAUGUGGAGGAUGCUUUGUACAAGGAGAACAAUAAGUCCUCCGUGCCGCAAACGAAUCCAGGAAUAUCCGUCAAGCCGGAGGCAUUCGGAGGACAUUUUAGCGCUGUGCGUUACGGUUGUGACUUCCCAGAUUACAAUCUUGUCAAGACAAGACUGGACACAAGUAAUGUAAAGGCUGAAAUGAAGCUGGACUCAGGAAUGACUGGUCAGGAAAUGAUCAGUGAGGGACUUUGCUACACAGGUUCUAGUAACAUGGGCAUCAGCAUUCCAGGCAGUACAGCUUCCUUGAAUAAUGUAAAAAGCCUACCAAACUUUAAAAAGGUCGGCUGGUUCGCUGAUAGUAGCAAGGACUUACAGUCCCAGAAAUGUGGGUUUAAAGUGGGUUCAACAAGCACCCCUCCAAAUCCUUCGUUCAAUGGUUGGGAACGUCUAAAAACCCCAGAGAAUGGCAGGAACAAAUCUUCUACAGCAUCCUAUUACCAGUUUGGCUCUGAACAAAAUAAUUUUCACUAUCAAAGACCACCAACUGACAGCGACUGGAAUAAAAUGGUUUUGGGUACGGAAAACCAUACUGAUUCUUUAUCCCCAUCCAAGAACUGUGAAUCCCCAGACAUGAAUUCCAUUUCCCCCAGAAGCUGCGCAUUCCCGCAACAAAUCCAAAGCCCCCAGCAGUGGCAAAACCCAUUGCCCGAGCAGCUCUGCUCCAGCCCCAUCAAGAACAGAUUCGAAUCCCAGUUCUGUUAUCAGACGGUGUUCUCGUUGGUGGAUCACUCAUCAGAGAGCUCUCACAACUACAGUGACGAAAGCAACAACUCGGUCAAUAGUGUGUACCAUUCUGCACAGAACAGUCUGUCACCUGACCAGUGCUCACCGCUCAGCAGCUGCAUGUUUGAGAGCCACUCUCCGGUCAGUACAAAUGCGGAUCAGCAGCAACCUCGAGCCCAGGCUGUGACCAUCUCGUCCUGUGGCAAGAAGACGAUACCCGAAAACCAGAGUCCACCCGAGGCGGCCUGUUAUUUUCAUUGGCUACAGAAUGAGCCGGUGGUGGGCUCGUCUUCGGUUCCUCAUACAGGUGCUUGCGGCAGUCCUUCGUCGUCCCUUAUAGGACCUGGCGUUGAUAGUCACAGUGUCCUCCAGAGAUACCUUAGCUGCAGCGGACACGUACAGGUUGAGACCUGUCCCGUCGAAGACAACGGGCCUUUUUCCUGUCCUCUUCAUGUCCGUGGACAACUGCUACAACCUCCCUAUUCAUGUAUCUAAUCUUAUUUGCGUAAAAUUAUAUGGACAAUUAAAUAAGAGCGAUCAUUUGCACUUGUGUAUGUCUGAACCGCACAAGUGUUGUAUAGUAAACCAUAAAAGAAAAGGUGAUCAAUAUUGUUUAUUUAAUUUGAUCCCUACUUUAACAAUUUGGUCCAAAUUGGAACCAUUUGUAUUAAAGAAACAAAUAUAGUUUAAUUCAUAGUAAAGUUAUUCACUUUGUAUUUUUGUAUUUUGUAUCCGCUACUACAUUGAUUUCUGUGAUUUGAUCAAGAAUAACCACAAUAUUUUAAAUUCUGAUUAGAGAAUAUUGUGUUUGCUUAAGUGUGUGCAGUGCAGGAUUAUGAUAUUGAUUGUACAUGUAAUUGCAAUGUGGACUACAAAGCCAAAAGCCUUUUAUAGUAUUUCACUUAUGCUUAGUUCACACUACACGAUUUUUGCCCUGAUUUUCGCUCGCCGACUGGUCCCCGCUAGAUGUGGCAGCUCGGGAGCAACUCGGCGUUCGCUCGGCGAUCCAAACUCGGCUCUCAAUCGCUAUGUGCCAAACGCUCACCGACUGAAGAGAGAUAUCUAGCAUGCUAAAUAUCUGGAUCAGUCGGUUGCGACUGGCAAUGAGUGUGGUGAGGGGAUAAUAUAGUUUCUAUCAGAAGACAUCGGCACACACACAAGCUUUACAAUAAUUGUGAACUUAUCGUCCACGCCAAACCAUAAUACCCACACUGCAUUACAAAAAAUAUUUAUUAAGCUCCAACUCACUACAGAACAGAACAAUCCCUGCUGGUCGCGUUGCCAAAUCCACUCGGAUUCAUUUAUUUUUCUCUUUGCUCUUACUCUGCAUAUCAGCGCACAAACAAACUUUGAUCACUCGCUACUUUUUCGACAUGGUGUCAUUAAGCCCCUCGUCACUUCGCGCGUAGUGUGAACUUAGCAUUAGAUUGUGUUGUAACAAUGUACUUCAGAAAUAUCUACCAUAAAUAUGCUGUUUUGUUAUUAAUAAAUUAUAUAGUGUUAUUACUUAUAUGUGUUUACUCAUAUAACCUGUUUACAUAUAGACAUUUUAUUUCAUAUACUACAUUCAGUGCAUAUAUACGCUUCAAGUCACUCGGAUGGCUCAGCAGUAAAUUAGGAUUGGCAUCCAGUUCAGGGUGUGUUUAAUUUCUGACUAGGAUGAAGUGGUGGUACAACUUGAAAAUAAAAUAUGAACAUUAA